AUGCCGCGCCCUGAAGACUACAUCCAGCGCGUGGUUCGCCCCGGCAGUUGGAGUCCGGCGGGCUUUCUAACAUGUCUCAUCUUGAUCUUGGCUGAUAUCUACUGGGUUCGCCGUCGGAACUCAAGUCGAGACAGCUUUGCCCGAUUCACCUCAUAUCCUCAGACAUCCAGGAGAAUCUUUGCUGUCGCGUACAUGACCGCUGCUAUACUCUCUGCUACCCUUGUCAUGUACUAUCAGGAUGAGUAUUUUACCGAUAUUUCUAAGCCCAGUCUGCGUGAUCAAAGAGACAUGCCACAUUCCCGAUAUCCUUGGUUUUACGAGGAACACCUAGAUCGUAUGCCGCAGAUGUUCCAGAUGAUGCAUCUUCGAGCUUGGGCUGGCGAAGCUGCUACUCCCAAACCAGAGUGGGGAUACUUUCUGUGGUGGUCGCAGCAAUACUUUGGUGGCUUGAUCAGCUUUGCCUUCUUCCUUCUGACUCAGUCUCACGUUCGUCGAUUGAAGACGAUCACCAUGCUUGCCUUCAUCUGGGUAGCAAUGACGAGCCUUAGCUGUGCGCAUUGCUUGUUAUUCGUGUUCAUACUUUCCACGCCACCAUCGAGAGGCACCAGCUGGUUUGAAAUCGAAGUACUACACCUCAUUGUCGGAGUCGUGUCGCUAGUCCACCACGCCUUCGCGUGGUUGAUGAUGGGCACUCUUAACAGUCCGCUGUUCCAAAGGUCGUUGUUAUUCACCUCUAUCCUUCCGGUAAUGCUCCCACUCAUCUCUUGGAUUAUACCCAAGGUGAACAAUCAUCAUCGCCGACUCGUCAGCAUCUCGGAAGCCCAGAUCAAGGUCUUCGCUACAACCGGCUUCUUGUCUUUGUUGCUUCAUGCCUGGUCAACCUACGUCAUAUUCUUUAGGCCCGUUGUCACCAACCCUGCCCAUCCUUCCUACCGACUCUAUCUCAACCAGUCUGACGUUUAUCACCGCUUCAUGAAGCUCAGUCUGCUGGAUUUCUUGAAGUAUGACCCUUCGCUAGCAGCUAUGGCUUGUGACGUUAUCCUUACUCUAGUCUUUCUUUUGAGCUGGAUCGUAGUAAGUAGGACCAGCCUGUGGGGUCUCGUCAAAUGCUCUAUCAAUCCGUUCCUCGAGACUGGACAAAGGACGGUGUGGGACAACCGUCACGAUCUGGGCGCAGCAUUGGCUGGACAAAAUCGAGGUAGGGCGGUCAUCGUGUCGACUGAGCCGCCUUUAACAAAGAUGUUGAUCGCACUGGCAUUGUGGGCACUCGGUGGACUGGGUUGGAUAGCGCCUGCAGUGCUAGGUGCAGGUCCGACCAAGAUGGAUGUUUGA